AUGGAAAAGAUUGGCAAAUUAAAUCAAGAUGUAAGUAAACUUAUUAUUUUAUAAGGCCUGGCAAAAGUUUGUUUUUCAGGGUAGAAUAAGGUAGAGUGGGGUAGGAUAGGGUUGGGUAGAUUAAUGUAGGGUAGGGGAAUAUAAUUACAAUUUUAGGCUAAAAUAUUAUGGCUUUUUAAUUUACAGAUUUGGGAUAUUAUCAUCAAGCACAGUGAACUGACAUCAGUAACAAAUUUGGCUAGAGCUGGUCGUCGUUUUAACAACUAUGUUGGCUUGGAUUUCCAUAAGUUGUGUGUGGUAAACCACAUUUUUCGUCUUCCCGGAGAAUCGUGGGCCGACGCUUUCGCCGAGUAGGUUUCUACUUAAAACAACAUGCGGGUGGGAUAAUAUUUUAAGGACAGGGUAGGGUGACAAAACGAUAGGUAUCAAUAUAAAAGGCUAUAUUACAGUAUGUUGAGUGAUACAGUAGAAUAAUAUCAAGUUAUUUUAAACGUUACAGUAGAAUAGAUUUAGGUUAAUAUACAGCAGGAUAAGGAGAGCAAAGCUAGGUGUAAGACUAAGCAUUAAAUGGCGGGAUAAGGUAUGUUUGGACAAAGCAAAACUAACACAAGGGUAGGGAAAAAUAACGAAAAAGAAGGGUAGGGUAAAGUAUAAUAGAGUAAGAUAAUGUAGGGGAGAGUAGUAGAGUAGAUUAGGGUAUCUUAGGUUAAGACAGGGCAAUGCAGGUAUGCAUUUUCAAAUAUGAUGUUUGAUAGUCAAAUUUCAGUGCUCAUCGCCGCUUAUGGAUAGUCGCGGAGUCAUUUACAGAUGAAGUUUUAUACUUAAGAAGGAUGGUCAGCAUCGACUUUAAAAGCAAUAGUCACUUGGUUGUGUUUUCAUAUAACUCUACUGUAAUUGUUUGUAGUUUGGAUUUUUCGAGCACUUUUGUCAAAGUUUUCAGGUUUGAGAAAAAUGUCAAUGGGAUUGAUAUUUCUACAGAUCAAAAAUACAUUAUUAUUAAUGUAAGUUAUUAUCUAUGCCUUUUAACUCAAGGACGUCGAUAUAAAUUUUUUAUUAGGGAUGGUAAUGCUAAACUUUUUAUUUUGGCUUAUAGAAACCUGGUCCUAUUUUUGUAUGUUUUCAUUUUUUUACCAGUGGAAGUUUCAUUUCGGAUCAGCUCUGGCGGGGGAGGGUUGAAUCCAGCCCUAUUCACUCUAUCCCCUCCCCCCCCUAGCGCUCUUCCUGUUUUAACUGUAAUCUAACUAUACUGCUCAUAGUACUAAAUGCUCUCUUUUAGGUUUGGUUUAAUGAUACAUAUGUAUAUGAGUUGGCAACAGGAAGGCCUCUCUUUACUCAAGCACGAAAAAGAAUGACAUUUAAUUCAAGUGUUUUCAAAUAUCACACUUUUGAGAACAUAGUGGAAGAAGUGUUAAGCACAAAAACCACUUUUAUGGAUAAUAUGCGAGAACUUGAACAUACAACUGAGCAUUAUUGUGCUCGUGUGGUACAGGACAAGCUGCUUGUUUACGACGUGUCCAAGGGAGUACAGUACGAACUGCCAUUGAAUCCAAGUUUUGGCAAAGUUCGUUCUGUGCUUUUUUUGGUUCGCUCCAAUUGUGUUUUGAUUAGUUAUGUUGGCGAAAAUAGGCGGUGGCCGUGUCAAGUUUAUCAUAUUUUAACUGGUAGACUGAUGUUGCAAGAUCCUGAAAGUGUUUAUGAUAUUUUGUCACCAUUCCUCCUUAGAUGUUGUCGUGGAAAUGUGGGUUAAAAUUACAAUUUAAAUUUUUUAAAACCUGUUGUAAAAAGGUGAAACAUAACUUAUCCUACUUUAUUCUACCCUACCCUGUUCUGCUCCACCCUACCUCAGUUUACUCUGUUCUCCCUGUCUUUCCCUACUCAACAAUAAAAAAUAAUUUUAAAAAAUUUUUUGAUACCUAAACUAAGAAAUACCAAACGUUGCAAAAUCUCCCCCUUUUUAAGCGUAGAGAAGGGUAGGGUAAGGUACGUUAAGGUAGGGUAGAACAGAGUAACUCAGGUUAAGUUAACUUAAAGUGUUAAGUUAGAGUACGUUAAAAUAGAGUAUAAAAGUAACGUGAAUUUUUAGGUUUACAAAUUGGAUCCUUUUUAGUGGAAUAUGGAAUCGCGCCGCUUCUUCUGUCCAAAGGCCUCGUUGUACUUUACCAAAAGACAUUGCUCCAAACUUCAUAGUCUACGAAGCAUCUGUUGUCGCUAAAGCUGAUUUAAAACGGGCUAGAAAGGUUGUUAGCACGUCGCAGAACGUUGGUAUUAAUCAAGGGAAGGAAAAACGACCUUUGUAUAAUAAAAACACGAAAAUCUACGUUGAUAAACAAGAAGGAUUGGCAACUAACGACGGUGAACAACAAAGUUUAGUGUUAACAGAAAGAGACAAUCGUGAUUCGUAUCCAGAUGAAAAACAAGAUCGCUGGAUGACAUAUAAAUGUUCUUUUUUGGAAGAAAAAUCAAGAAGUAAGUGGAAGUGGCAGGUUGGGGUAGGGUAGAGUAGGCUAUAGGAGGAUAGGGAUGAGAAACGGCCGGGCCCACUUUUCAAGCCGAGUACCCUAAUUUCCAAGCCCGGCCUUGGUCAGGCUUAAUCGUCGGGCCGGAUUGGGUAAGGUAGGGCAGUGCAGGGUAAGAAGAGUGAAGGUAGGGUGAAACAUGGUAGUGCAGGGCCGAGCAAGACAGUACAAUAAUGUGGUAGGGUACAGAACGACAUGAGUAAAGCACAAGUAAAGUAGGUCAAGGUACAAAAGGGCAUGAAUAAAGCAAAGAUGUAAGGCCCAGUAGACCUGUUUUAGUAUUUUAAUGUCAUGAUUGUUUUAUAAAGGAUGAAAGGUCUAGAAAAGACAAGAGAGAGGUCGGCAACAGCCGGAGCGGCGGCCGUUGGCCACCGCUCGCUCUCUUGAUAUUCUUAGAUAUGUUAACUACUGUUAAUAAAUGAAUAUAAAUGUUAAGCUAGGUACAUGAAUACGGGCGUGAGCUCGAACUUCGACUAUUAUUAUUAUUACUAAUAUUAUUAAAAAUAUUACAUGGAGGUCUCACCAAAGCUCUCAGCAAAUGUAAGUCAUGUGAUUGUACUUUCAGAGAUACGAAGACGGCAUUUAUAACAGUAAGUUACAAAAACUGUGUGGUGUAGGAAUAGGUUUAAUAGAACAAAAGACGUAUAUUUUAGUCCCCGCGCUCAAAAAAAAAGGUACCUUUAAAUAUCCCCCCACUACCCUAAAAGCCGUUCGUUUUGACGCGCUAAGCCCUUAAAGUGGUUUUAUAUAGAAAUUAUAAGGAGCACGCAAAACUCAGCCAAAACUUCUCUACCUUCGCGGUAGUCAACCUAUAAAAAGUGGACUUAAGGCAUCCACCUUCUUCUAAAUUGUAGAAAAACUUACUUGUUGCGCUACCAGGGCUAAGCAUGGGGCACAAGUACAAUAGGUCUCUUACCUAUUGGUGUAACUAGUAAGACAGUAAAUUUUUUUGUCUCAACAUUCAAACGGGACCGGGAUAUUUAUAAAAUCAAAGACAACAAUGAAGACCUCGGUGCUGAGAAAUUUUCUACACAGACCCUCGCCAAAACCAAAAAUUGUCUAGGUAGGGACUGAUCACUCCAACGUUAGACAAAAUUGUAAAUAUUUUUGUAAUAAGUGUGUGUGAAAGAUUUAUUAGUUUAGUGUGUGAGGUAUUUUAUUCAUAAAACGUACAAAAUCUUAUAUAAUCAUUAAUUACAAUUCUCCUUUUUCUGAUUCUUUUGAACUGAGCAGGCGCUUUCGAAUCUAGCAACAGCAGUUGCCUUAAUCCAAGAAUUGAUUAAACAAAGGCGAGUUUAAUCAAACAGCCCACGCGUUGUGAAACAGCCCGCAUACGUCGAAUCAGGCACCUGAAACAAAAUUAAUUACUUUUUCGUAACAAUGGCAAUAGAGAAAAAGACCGCCCUGAGCUAAAACUCAUGAGACGAAGGCCAGGAGAACCUCCAGUUCUUUCACCUGAGCACAAGUUAUACCGUUUUCGAAGAUUUUGGCAAACGUAGCGAGAUCAAUCCGAAGAAGAAGAUCAACGACAAGAAGAAGAAGGCAACCGGAUCCGUCAACAAGCUCCAAACCUACGACGCCGUCUGCGACAGGACAGCGGACUGCGUCAGUCCAGACGUGAAGUCAGGCCACGACUUGAGGUUCAACCAGAACCAACGGAACCCAGUCAAGAAGUACCUGCUCCACAGCACAGCCUGUACCAGAAGUUCAGAUUCCAGAAGUGUCAGGAAGCCAGCCAGUCCAACCUGUACCAGAAGUUCCAGUGGACCUACAAAUCCCCUCCAGGACAUUGGGUACUCCAAGAAGCCCAAGAAGAGAAAGACCGCCAGUGGAGACCGAAGCCAAAUUAAGUCGACAACAGGAAAGUACAGGUAG